AUGGCGCCACCGCUAUCAGAAGACAAUAUUACGAUGCUUUUAAACCUCAGGGGUAAUCUAAAAGGUAGGAUUACUCGCAUUGAAAAUUACGUAAAGCAAGUGAAAGAUAAAGAUCUUGCAAGAUAUGAAUACGAACAACUUCAGAUAAGAAGUACGGACCUGACAACACUUUUCGAAAAAUAUAAUGACACCCAAGACCAUAUUGAAAACCUCCAGAAAACAGGAGAGGACUCCGAUGAGCGCUCUGCAAUUGAAGACAAGUACUAUGGAAUAAAGGCUAUGAUCACUAGUCUGGUUCAAGAAAAUAGUGCUAAUGACACACUCCGAUUCAAACCAAAGAAACCUCCAGUUGCAAUGCCUAGACUCAACAUUCGUCAAUUUAACGGUGACUUCAAAAAUUAG